AUUGUAGAUGAUCGAAUGUCAAUUUGUAAAUCAAGUAAAUUUAGCUUCUAAACGCGCAGGUUGGAGAUUGAAGCAUGGCUGAUUAAGACGCGAUUGUUAUAAGCAUUUAUGUGCAUACAACAAAUAUUUGUAUUCGUAAAGAAGUGCUGGUAUUGGGAAGUAUUACAGUUUGGGAUAAUGUAUAGGUGUUUGACUAUUUGUAAAUUAUUUUGAUUGUGGAAAGUGCUACCUACGAAUCCAUCAGUCGAUUUACUUUGGGGGAUAUUGGAGCAUGCGCUGAGGUCUAACUACGCGGAGCUCAGCACAGAAAAAGAAGGCCCUUACGGGAGUCUACAGCCAAUCAUCAGCCAUGAAAAUAGCUGUGGAAGGGUGUUGCCAUGGAGAGCUGGAUAAGAUCUAUGAGACGAUUGGCUACCUGGAGCAGAAGGAGGGGGUGAAGGUAGACCUGCUGCUGUGUUGUGGAGACUUCCAGGCUGUGAGGAACGAGGGGGACAUGAAGUGCAUGGCUGUGCCGCAAAAGUACAGGCAGAUGCAGACCUUCUACAAGUACUACUCUGGAGAGAAGAAGGCUCCGGUCCUGACUAUCUUCAUCGGUGGGAAUCACGAGGCCUCCAACCAUCUCCAGGAGCUCCCGUACGGGGGCUGGGUGGCUCCCAACAUCUACUACAUGGGUUAUGCUGGUGUUGUGCGCUACAAAGGAGUAAGGAUAGGUGGCUUGUCUGGAAUCUUCAAAGGGCAUGAUUACAGGAAAGGACAUUAUGAGUUCCCUCCAUAUAACCCAGAAACUCUACGCAGUGUUUACCACAUCAGGAACAUCGAUGUCUUCAAACUCAAACAGAUCCAGAUGCCUGUGGAUGUGUUCCUGACCCAUGACUGGCCUCGUGGGAUCUACCAUUACGGCAGCACAGGGGAGCUUUUGAGGAAGAAGAAGUUCCUGAGGCAGGAGGUGGAGUCCAACACACUGGGUAGUCCUGCAGCAGCAGAGCUCCUGGCCCACCUGCAGCCUAACUACUGGUUCUCUGCGCACCUCCACGUCAAGUUCGCUGCCCUAAUGCAGCACCCGGCCAAAGUUGAUGCUGCCCCCCGCACUACCAAAUUCCUCUCACUGGAUAAGUGCCUCCCAUACAGAGACUUCCUACAGAUCGUAGAGGUAGCAGACAGGCCAGGAUCGUCCCAGGGUCUGGAGUAUGAUCCAGAGUGGCUGGCCAUCCUCAAAGCGACAGACAGCCUGCAGAAUGUCAGCCCUAAUUACUGGAACCCCCCGCAGAACAACGGCCUGCACACAAGGUGGGACUUCAGUGCUUCUGAGGCAGCCAUGAUGGAGGCUGUGGGUGACCUGGGGGGUGAACUGUCUAUCCCUGACAACUUCUGCCUGACCGUGCCAGCUUACGACCCUGCCCGGCCACAGCCCCAUGCCCACCCCAGCUACAGCACCAACCCGCAGACCACCGAGCUCUGUGCCACCCUGGGUCUCAGAGACAUCUAUGCCCAGGUUGGGCAGGGAGGGUAUGGGGGCCAGAUAGGCACCCCAGAGCUGGAGGAUGAUGAAGCCCAGAGUGGAGAUGAAUCCAGUGAGUACCCUAGUGACACCUCAGGCCUGUCCAGCUCAUACAACCCUGAUGAGAUCACCAUAGAGGAUGAGUGGGAGGAGGAGGAGGGAGGAGAGAAAGAGGGAAGGGGGAAGAGCCCUGAUGCAGUGGUCCCAGAGGGGGAAGCGGGGGAGGCAGGGGGGAGACGGGACUCGGGGCCUCCCUCUAGAGAGCUGCCCCCCAGCCGCAUGGUUCUGACCAUGCCUGAGCCCAAAUCAGACCCUGCUCCUCCCUCACGCCUGUCCCUCAACCUACCUCCUCCCUCACGCCUGUCCCUCAACCUACCUCCUCCCUCUCACUCCUCACCUCCGAAAAAGGAUGAGGAGGAAGAGGAGGAGGAGCCCCAUGUCCGGAUCCCUAAGCGCACCAGUGGGGAGACGGGGGACCCUAUCAGUACAGGCAGCACCCCUAGGAUCAAACGCAGGAACCAGGUCAUCUACACUGCAGUGGACGAUGACGAGAGUGAGGACUAGGGCUGGAACUUGACCCAGGUUUCAGGGGGAAGUGUUGUCAAAUAGAAGAUUCUUAUUAUCUCCUUUUUAUAUUGCUAUUGUCCUUCAAUGCAAACCAGAGUUUUUUUUAGUAUAGGGAGAGUGGAGAAUCCCUGAUGGAAAUGUAUUUUUUUAAGUCUGUUCAGUUCCUUUUUUUAAAAUUCUGAAAUAAAGAAAAUGGUGAUUUUAAGAAAAAAAA